GUGACGAAGAGAAAAAAUAGUUUCAAGAUCUGACCAAGAGUGUUGGGAAGAAAAGUAGUGUUUUUUUAACUCCUGGUUUAUAUAACCCAACGUCGGUGAUAAAUUCGUAAAUAUUGUAUCAGGAAGCGAUGGAUCGAGAUAGACCAGCAAGAGUGAGUUUUGACUCCCUUUGGGAUAACAAGCUGAGGAUUCUCGGCUCUGGAAGUUAUGGGGAUGUCGCUCUAGUAAGCUGGAAUGGGACGCCAGCUGCUCUUAAAAGAGCUAAAUCUUCUCUCGAUUAUGAGGCUUUAGAAGAUGAAAAAAAAAUCCUUUCAGCACUGAAAGGGAAAGGAGGUGCUCCAAGGCUAUUAAGAUCAUUUACGGAUCCUCCAGCAAUAGUUAUGGAGUUUAAGGGUGAUAAAAGUCUCAGUGAUGUGCAGAACAACCGCUCAGACGCCCUCGACAUAAUUUAUAAAAUAGGAUGUAGACUACAGGAGAUUCACGAAGCACAUUUCGUUCAUAAUGACUUAAAGGAAAACAAUAUUAUGAUAGAAGGACUUAACAGUGACCCCAAAAUUAGUAUUAUCGACUACGGUUUAGCCUGUAGGCCUGGGAUAAAAAUAGGUAUGACCGGGGAACCAUCUGAGUAUCCCUGGUACGCCCCCGAGGUCUUUAAGGACUUACCCAGUACUUAUGCUACUGAUGUAUUUUCUUUUGGGGUGUUAAUCGAAAAUUUAUUAAAUUCCCAGAAUAAACUGCUAAGCCUAGUCAAUAACAACCCAAAAUUAUCAAAAGUGAUUCGUGCCUCGGUACAUCCCAACCCCAAAAAACGGCCAAGACUCCCAGAUCUUCUAAGCCACGUGGAGGUGUUGUUGAAACCCGCCGUGGAGCUUGCCACAUCUGUACGUCCUCCAAAGCGCAAGCUUAUUAUGAGUCCUGAACACCCCUGCAAUAACACUCGGGAAAAUGAAAGGCCAAGAUACAACUUUCGACGAAAAUGAGAAGGUUGGGUUCUCGGUAGGUGAUAUCAUCAUAUUUCCAGUACAGCGAUGCCUUCAUAAGACGUGUGUGACGUAAGUGAUGCUGGUGUCACCGUAGUAGUCAACUCAUUUGUGUUCCUGAAUUCGUGCGGAAAGUUAGAAUCCUUCCCAUUUCUGCCACAUAUUUUUUUUUUUUUUGGUCUUAAGUCUAAAGAUGAUACACAUGGAAUUUGUUUAUAAAAAACGGACACAUAAGCAAACAUUAGAACAUAUUAGAACGUUUGGGACCAGCAACUUUGGUCAAAAAAUAGUCUAAUAUAUCCUGGUGUUCGGUUACGUGUUUUUUUAAACCAUUUACCUGUAUCAAUCACCAAGGUUUAUAAUUUACAACUCUAUAUACCACUGGUAAGGUCUCACUUGGAUUAUGCAGCUCAGUUCUGGUCGUCAGUACUACAAAAUGAAUAUAAAUUUAUUGGAGAACAUUCAGAGGAGAAUGACAAAAUUAUUCCAAUGUAUAACGAAUCCCCAUACUACUUGUCUCACUGUUACUACUAGUCUCGACACUAUUACACUAUUACUGGCACUCACUAUCACCACUAUCAUUGUUACCACUAUAAUUAUCAUCACUAUCAAUAUCAUUGUCACCACUAUCACAAUUAUUGUCACUUCUAUAAUUUGUUCCAAUGUCACUAUUAUUGUCAACUUUACUAUUACUACUAAAAUCAGUACUAAAUUAAGCUAAAAUAUUAAUGUUUUGCGAUUCUUACCAAGUGACGAAGAGAAAAAAUAGUUUCAAGAUCUGACCAAGAGUGUUGGGAAGAAAAGUAGUGUUUUUUUUACUCGUGGUUUAUAUAACCCAACGUCGGUGAUAAAUUCGUAAACAUUGUAUCAGGAAGUGAUGGAUCGAGAUAGACCAGCAAGAGUGAGUUUUGACUCCCUCUGGGAUAACAAGCUGAGGAUUCUCGGCUCUGGAAGUUAUGGGGAUGUCGCUCUAGUAAGCUGGAAUGGGACGCCAGCUGCUCUUAAAAGAGCUAAAUCUUCUCUCGAUUAUGAGGCUUUAGAAGAUGAAAAAAAAAUCCUUUCAGCACUGAAAGGGAAAGGAGGUGCUCCAAGGCUAUUAAGAUCAUUUACGGAUCCUCCAGCAAUAGUUAUGGAGUUUAAGGGUGAUAAAAGUCUCAGUGAUGUGCAGGACAACCGCUCAGACGCCCUCGCCAUAAUUUAUAAAAUAGGAUGUAGACUACAGGAGAUUCACGAAGCACAUUUCGUUCAUAAUGACUUAAAGGAAAACAAUAUUAUGAUAGAAGGACUUAACAGUGACCCCAAAAUUAGUAUUAUCGACUACGGUUUAGCCUGUAGGCCUGGGAUAAAAAUAGAUAUGACCGGGGAACCAUCUGAGUAUCCCUGGUACGCCCCCGAGGUCUUUAAGGACUUACCCAGUACUUAUGCUACUGAUGUAUUUUCUUUUGGGGUGUUAAUCGAAAAUUUAUUAAAUUCCCAGAAUAAACUGCUAAGCCUAGUCAAUAACAAUCCAAAAUUAUCAAAAGUGAUUCGUGCCUCGGUACAUCCCAACCCCAAAAAACGGCCAAGACUCCCAGAUCUUCUAAGCCACGUGGAGGCGUUGUUGAAACCCGCCGUGGAGCUUGCCACAUCUGUACGUCCUUCAAAGCGCAAGCUUAUUAUGAGUCCUGAACACCCCUGCAAUAACACUCGGCAAAAUAAAAGGCCAAGAUACAACUUUCGACGAAAAUGAGAAGGUUGGGUUCUCGGUAGGUGAUAUCAUCUUAUUUUCAGUACAGCGAUGCCAUCAUAAGACGUGUGCGACAUAAGUGAUGCUGGUGUCACCGUGGUAGUCAACUCAUUUGUGUUCCUGAAUUCGUGCGGAAAGUUAGAAUCCUUCUCAUUUCUGCCACAUAAUUUUUUUUUUGUUCUUAAGUCUAAAGAUGAUACACAUGGAAUUUGUUUAUAAAAAACGGACUCAUAAGCAAACAUUAGAACAUAUUAGAACGUUUGGGACCAGCAACCUUGGUCAAAAAAUAGUCUAAUAUAUCCUGGUGUUCGGUUACGUGUUUUUUUAAACCAUUUAUGUGUAUCAAUCACCAAGGUUUAUAAUUUACAACUCUAUAUACCACUGGUAAGGUCUCACUUGGAUUAUGCAGCUCAGUUCUGGUCGUCAGUACUACAAAAUGGAUAUAAAUUUAUUGGAGAACAUUCAGAGGAGAAUGACAAAAUUAUUCCAAUGUAUAACGAAUCCCCAUACUACUCUGGAUACUGUUACUGGCGUUUUCUCAACAAUUUGAUGACCUGACGCAUUCACUCAACCAUGAGUUCCUUUCUUCACUAUAUAUGCUGUGCUUUAUUAUUAUUAUUAUUAUUA